CACACAUAUGCCUGUCAAAAUUCUAACUGUUCUUCUGGCGAAUUUAAUGCUUGUGCGCUUCAUUAAUUUUAAGAAUUUAAAGAUAAUUUUUUUUAGCACUUGAUUUAUGGGGAAGACUCACCAUGACUUCGUUUAACGCGCCAGCUAUUUUGAUGCCACUUGACGAAUACUACACACACUACGUACAGCCCAAGCCAAAAAUACCCAAACAUUAUGGAUUCCAUCCUGAUAAGCGCCAGCGACAAGCGGCUCAUUUACAAUCCUAUAAGGAUACCAAUGGAGAGGACGAAGACGAGGCUGAUGACGACGAAUCACAGCAGGUUGAUGAGCUUAAUUCUUCCAUACAGGAUACGAAUAUGAAUCAAAUUAAUUUUGAAACAAAUGACUUUAAUCGGUUAUAUCAAGAAACCGAUGCACCAAUGGACCAAACCAAUAACACCAAACAAGUCCCAAAUGCGGAAGUUUCCGCUGAUUCAGCUCAGUGGCGCAUUCAACCAAAUAAUGUCAACCGUCCUCCGGGCGCGGCUCCUUUGGUGCCCAGCGAUGCGCCACGUAACCAGCCACCACGGCAAAAUCCUCAUCGCGGCAAUCGCUGGCAUCAAAAUCAAAAUAAUCGACGCCGCUUCAAUCGCGGUGCAUCCAACAAUAAUUAUAACAACAACAACAAUAAUAAUUUCAAUCGAAAUAACUGCCAAAAUUCUGUACAUAAUCGGCUAGGCAACUUUCCCGGUCGCAAUACGCAGCGUGGCCAGUUGUCCAUGGAGCAGCGUAUGCGGAACGCCUACAAUGCAUUCAUCGGUCCUCCAAACAACAACAAUAAUAACAAUAGCUACAACAAUAAUUUGAACAAUAACAACAACAACAAUAUGAAUAAUAACAAUAACAACAACUUAAAGCAGCAGCAGGUAUUGAUGAACAUGAACAAUCACUUUCAGAAUGGACGCCCGCAGCUUAAUGUGAGCGCCCAACUGAAUCCGAGCGAUAUUCAAAAUUCAAAUUUUAACGCGCGCAACAACAAUCUGAACAAUCAAUUUAAACCUUAUCAGAAUCAAAGCAACCCCAUUUCUGCCAACUGGCAAUUGGGUUCGAAUUCGUUGACGGCGCUAAUUAAUUCAGCUAACCAAGUUCGUCCUUCGAUGACCAAUCCAACUACACAAGCCGCGUCGCUGAUGAAACCGACUGCACAAAUGCCAAUUGGUAAUAAUACGGUUAAUCGUUUGGGCCCUCCUAUGCGUAUCACCUUAAAUUCGAACGUACCACAGAUAAACGUUGGGCAGCCGACGAACCUGACAAACCGCAACGCCCAAAUGCAGCGUGCUCCAAAUGGGUCAAACGGUGGCAUUGUUGCCUCGGAUUCACUGCGUCUGGCAGAUCUGAUGAACAUGGACAAAAGCAGCUGCAUGAAUUUGAAUGUGGCUGAGGUGGCCAAGAACGCCAUGAUGUUGCUGAGCACCGUUUUUCAUAAGCCCAUACUGGAUGAGGAUGUGCAGCAGGAGUUGUCCCACCUGCAGCAAAACAAUGGAUUGUCCGAGGAACCACAUGGCCUCGACAUGAAUAUAAGCCCGGAAACCACGGACCUACGAAUGUAUCAUCGCUUCAAGUAGACAAAUGGGCGAGCAAGAAAAAUUUAUCUUUUUUUUAAGUUACUUUAAAUAUUAACGUAAAAGUAUUCGUUCCAGGAGAAUGGAAACCGAAAACAUGUGAAUGCGCGUGUUGUGAAUAGUGCGUAGGCGUAGGUUAAGAAGAAGAGAGUGCGGCUGUGCUGUGAAUGGCAAUUCAGCGACACGACAGACGCAAAUGACUGAAAUUGUAUUUGUAUUUUUGCUUUAUUAUUAUUUUUGGGCUGAUAAGAAAAGGCCGUGCCGCUUAUCAGCAAUGCACAACAAGAACUAAACUGACAGCAAGAGAUGUUAAAGCGAAAGCGAACAAAAAUAGAAACAAAACAGCGAUAAAUGACGGCAAAACGAAGCGAAUAUUCAUACACGAAAGUUGUGACAACGACCGAACGGAAUAGCAAAUCAAUCAGUAAAUCUAAUAAAGACAAGGAACGUGGACGUAAAAAAAAAGAACUGGUCAAUGGCUGCGGAUAACGUGUAUUUAGUGUGAUAAUUGAUGUCAGUUUUAGUUUAACAACUAACCUCCAAUUACGGAAUGUAAAUUGUACACUACCGAAUGUAUGAAAAA